UUCAUUGUUAUGAUAAUCCCAUGCCAAUUAAGCGCCGAUUAUUAGUCAUAUAGCAAAAAUACGCAGGCUCAUGCUAUUUGCACUGGGAAGCUGUAAAAUUUUCGAUCUUAAAAUCAAUAUUAACUUUACACUUCGCUCUUUCGGUCAUCGAAAUUUUGCAUAGUGAAAUUUAGUAGCGCUCACAAUUUCUUCGCAGGCGCGGCGGCACCUACAUUACAUUGCUAUAGUAGCGGGCCGUGAAUUACAACAAAUAUAAAGUUUUGUUACUUGUUAUCAUCAAAAGAAAUCUACAAAAUGUCUCCACUACUCAUCUGCAUCAUCUUCACAGCAUUACCCUUAACUUGGACAUUCUCCACACAAUACUAUGGUAACACUAAGCAUGCCGUGCUACCAAACCACUGUUACUAUGAGGAACUCCAGCUCGCGGUGCCGGUCAAUGACACCCUGUAUCCCAUAGAUAUAGAAUAUCAAUGCAUAACGGUAUCUUGCCGCUACGAUUAUGUGCUGGUGAUAAAGCACUGUGACCGUUAUCUGCUACGACACGGUUGCAUUGAGCAGCCACCCGAUUAUAGCAAGCCUUAUCCCGACUGCUGCACCCAAAUCAAAUGUGCCGACUAAUGCUAAGUUGUCAAUUAAUCUAUUCCGUUUGUAUAUUUAAUUUCGAAUUAAUUAGAAACAAAAAUUAUGAAUUUAGAAUAAAAAAAUCGUAAUUGCAUAUCCAAA